GAAAGAUGCCAGUGUAUAUCCGGAAGCAUCCUCUGGAGAUUCCUCCACCAUCGGAAAAAGACUGGAUAAAGGAUGAUGAGGAAGAUUUCUUCCUGCAGGAUCCCGAUCGAGCGUUUGAUGCGUUGCCGCAGCCUGUCAGGAUGGUCAAGAAACUGGUGAUGCUGGUUUUUGAGAAUGCUAUGGAGAUCAUCGAAAGAAGAGAGGCGCUCCAAGAAGCACAGAAACGAAAAGUCCAGGCCACAAAAUGCUUCCCCACAGCUGAAUUCCAGGUGACAGGAAGAGCCAGCUGCCUUGCAGCCUCUGGAAAAUACGUCUUUGUUGGACUGUCCAUGGGUCUGGCUGUCUUCCAGGUGUCUGACUGUAAGCAGGUCUGUGCUUGGGAUACAGCCAAGACAGAGAUUUGUGUCAUCCGAGCCUCGGCCUUAGGGAAUGAGCACCAUGCCCUGCUUGCUGUGGAUGAACUGGGGUUUGUUUGGCUCUUCUGCUUUCACAAGGACAGCUUCCUAUUCAUUAAAAACUUAAAUGAGGUGGAGGAUAUCAGCAAGCGAAGUACCUGUGUGGAGGUGGUGCUUUCCCAGGGAGGUGAUUAUGCAGGACUCCUGCUGCAAGGCAGCACAGAAGCUUGGCUGGAGAUCUACCGAUUGCCUAAGGAUUCCUGGCUGAAGGAGAGAGAAAAUAGCCCAGGAUCUGCAGUAGGGUUGGCUUUCAGAGACAGAAAGUCAAGCCAGGGAUCUACGGAAUCUCUUCUGUCUGCAAGCAAAACUGAUAUAAGGACGGGCCUCCCAGUGUUGCUGAUGAAAGUCAAGCCACCAAAACCUAUUACAGCUGUACCAGCUGGCAUCAGUGUGCACUGGGAUGGAAGUCACAAUCUCUGCUUAUAUUUGCUUAGCCGUUCAUUCAAGGAGAAAGUGGAUGUUGAUCCGAAGCCUGAAGUUGUGUGGCCAUGUGCAGCUCCAAUUGCAUGCUCAGCUGUCAGCUCCUGCUGCAGGUACCUGGCACUGGCAUGUGAAGAUGCAGCAAUAACUAUUUGGGAUCAACACCUAGGAUACCCAUUGACUGUGACUGCCCUUCUAGAUGAACAUGUCAUCCGCAGUAUGCACUUCCUGCGGAGUGCUGGAGCUGCCAGUGACCUUUCCAGACCCCAGGCACCUUACCCUGGCACGGAUCCUGCCUAUCCUGUUGUGCAGCUUCUCGUGCUGUGUACAGAUGGGUCUCUCUACUUGGUGAAAGCUCCCCGGGCUGGGAAGUCCAGCAUCACGUGCCUGGCAGCCAGGCCUGAAGAUCCCAAGCUUGCCAUCAGCACAGUGGCACCUAUCCUGGCCUUCCCCAGCACAACCCUGGUCUUCUCCUGGGAUGGCACAGUGUCCCUGAUGGACACUGCCACAUCACAUAUUGUUUGCUACUUCAACACCCCACCUUCUCAUGCUGUAGCAUGCCCCUGGCAACCAGUGUUCACCAUGGAUCCUGCAGAUCAGUGCCUCAUCCUUCGAGGAGAUAAGCAGCAGGCAGAUGUAUUGGCACAGAGCACAGCAAGUCACAGCUCCAUCUUCUUUUUUGACUUCAACUCCUACCUGCUGAAGGACUCUUUUCCAAAGGAACCAGAUUUGCCUGAUAAACCCUUACAAGACCUGCCAUGGAUGGAGAGAUGUAAUAUUUUCUUUCAUGAUUGGCAGCAGAGCCUGCAGGGACUCGGGGAGCAGAUGCCUGAGUGCUGGAGCCGACUUCAAGCACAUGCAGCUGCCAUGGACAAAAAGAGAGAGAGGGAGAAAGAAAGAAAAAGAUCUGUGCCCUACGUUUCUUAG